AUGAGGCGCCUUGUUCUUCUCAGCCGAAGCUUGCGUACUGGCGCAACUGCUGCCGCCGUUGUGGGCUCUUUUGCCGCCCCCUUUCGCGGGCAGGCCACGUACGCUCAAGGCGUAGAGGAGUCGACGUCCGCAUCCUCAUCAGGUGGGGACACGCCUCGCGAGAAGGCGCAGGCGAAGGAAAAGGGGGAGAACCAGAAGGAAGAGGCGCAGGCAAAAACGGAUGCUCUUGGGACUCCCAGUGCAACAGGCAAGCGUCGCAACAUUGUGGUAUUGAGCAACACCACCAAGGCCGUGUAUAUUCACCCGGCGAACCACAUCGCCUCUUGGUAUUGGUUUAUCACGGAUUUCCACAAAUGGUUUGUUGGUAUCGUCUUUCUUUUUGUCGGGUCACAGCUGUUAGCUCGUUAUCGAUUGUCCAAGCUGAAGACGGUGGUUCAGGCGCAGCUGGGAGAAAACCUCCUUGACCAACGUACGCGAGACCUUUUGAGUGACAUUGAAGUGCUGCGGCGCAAGGAUCCUCUUCGGCUAGAGCAGGAGGCCAAUGUGUUCCACGAGCAGUUUUGGAAGCGGCGCGCCAUUGCGGUGUCGGAGUCCAGGAACGAGGUUCGCCGAGUGGAGUUGCAGCGGGGUAUGCUUCAAGGUCAGGCUAGAGGAACCGACAUGACGGAGUGGCUGGGGGCCAAAGCGAAGGACGAUGAGGAGCGCGAAGUGGCGCGACGGACACAAGACUACAUUCAGGGCUUCCAUCAGCACCUCAAGUCGAAGCGUCUCAUCUGA